CCAGCCCUGGAGGAUAACAGAGGAGAAACACACACACCACGCUCUUUUACCAGAGGUUCUGGAAAACCAAGAGAGAAAGAGAGAGAGAGAGAAAGAGUCGUGGAACCUUUAGAACACUCUUGGUUUCUACUGAACCGUCCCACACCCUUCAGAGGUCAAUGCUUUGCUUUGGGCUUUCUGCUUCUCUUACCUCCGUCUCUUUCAGUUUCUCUGAACACUGUUACUUUUUAAAACCUUUAGCCUUUUCCUCGUUGUCUGUGUCGAGAAACACAAAAGAACACAGACAGAAGUUAACACAACAACUUCAACAACAACAACUAAACAGGAGUUUGUGUAAGCUGGAAUGAAUAUAUCUGAGUCUAGUUACUGUCGUGAGGCCAGUUCUCUACCAGGCCGGGACGAAGCCGGGGGGCAUCCAUGGGUUUCUUCCCCCAGCCCAGGCUCUGAUCGUGGGCUAGGACCCUUCGACCAGACCCCCCUUUAUGGAGGAUCUGGAGAUCGUGGCUCUGCUGGGGGACGCACAGAGGCCAAGAUAGGGGCCGGAGCUGAACCAGGGACAGGGGUAGGAAGCCCUGACUCGACCCACCCAGAAGCACCUUCCCUGGGCAGCAUUGAGGGGAAAGCAGGGGGUGAGUCGAGGAUCCGUCGGCCAAUGAACGCCUUCAUGGUUUGGGCUAAAGACGAGAGGAAGCGCCUGGCCGUUCAGAACCCAGACCUCCACAAUGCUGUCCUCAGCAAGAUGCUGGGCCAGUCGUGGAAGGCCCUGACUACUCAGGACAAGCGUCCCUUCGUUGAGGAGGCCGAGAGACUCCGCCUCCAACACCUGACGGACCAUCCCAACUACAAGUACCGCCCCCGUCGCAAGAAACAGGCCAAAAAGCUCAAACGGGUGGAACCGGGGUUACUGCUCCACAGCCUAGCCCAGGGAGGGUCAGGGGUUCCUGGGGUUGGGGAGGGCUACGGACACCCUCUGGAUGGUUAUGGACAUCUUCAUCCACACCACCACCUUCUGCCUCCACUAGGCCACUUCAGGGACCUCCACACUGGGGACACACUGAGCUACGGCCUGCCCACACCGGAGAUGUCCCCUCUGGAUUUGAUGGAGGAGGGGGGUGGAGACGGAGGAGUGUUCUUUCCCCCUCACAUGCAGGAGGACGUGGAGCUACAUGGCACCUGGAGUAACUACCACCAUCACCCCCACUAUAACAGCCACCACCAUAACGCCCAUAGCCAUCCUCACAGCCACAGUCAAGGUCAUAGUCAGGGUCAAAGUCAGGGUCAGGGUCAGGGUCAUAGUCAGGGUCAUAGUCAGGGCCAUAAUCAGGGUCAGAGUCAGGGUCAUAGUCAGGGUCAAAGUCAGGGUCAGGGUCAGGGUCAUAGUCAGGGUCAUAGUCAGGGUCAGGGUCAGGGUCAGGGUCAGGGUCAGGGUCACAGUCAAGGUCAGAGUCAGGGCCAUAAUCAGGGUCAGAGUCAGGGUCAUAGUCAGGGUCAUAGUCAGGGUCAGGGUCAGGGUCAGGGUCAUAGUCAGGGUCAUAGUCAGGGUCAGGGUCAGGGUCAGGGUCAGGGUCAUAGUCAGGGUCAUAGUCAGGGUCAUAGUCAGGGUCAUAGUCAGGGUCAUAGUCAGGGUCAUAGUCAGGGGCAUAGUGGUCAUGAUCACCAUCUUAACCAGAGCCAGAGGGGCUCCCUGCUCUGUCGUCGUCCCCAGGAGAAGUGCCUCAGCCAGGCUCCAGAGCCUACGAACUCUCCCAGUCCUUACUCUAACCCCCAGAGCUCCUCUAUAAGCCUGUCUGAGCCAGUCAACCCUCACCAGUCCAUCAGUAGUUCCUCUGUCUCCUCUGUGUCCUCUGGUUACUACAGUUACCUGUACAAUAACGCUGGACCAGACACCCCCCAGGCCUCCCACCUGGGGCAGCUCUCUCCCCCACCCGAGUCCUCCUCUUCCUCACUGGCCCCCACCUCCAACCCUAAACCCCAGGCCCUGGACUCCGUAGACCAGGCUGGGUCCAACCACGUAGGCCUGACGUCAGUUGAGUUCUGGACAGAAGUGGACCGCCGUGAGUUUGACCAGUACCUCAGUGCUAACCGGACUCGUAUGGAGGGGUAUGGGAGUAACCUCGUUCCCGUCUCUAAAUCCACGGAGGGGUACGGUAGUGUCCCCGUGUCGAAAGCUCUGGAGGGGUAUACCAACAUACCCCUCUCUAAACCACUAGGGAGGAUCUAUGAGGAGAGCCAGAGUAGUCCUCUCAUCUCUGCUCUCGCUGAUGCUAGUAGUGCUGUCUACUACGGUACCUGUAUUACUGGGUAGACACCUUGCUGACUGCUGGUAGUCUUUGGCUGUGUGCCCGAGUCUAGUAGGGCAGCCUACAAGACUUUUUGGUCAAGUACAGUAUGUUAAACAUACUGUCAUACUGGAGUGGGACUUGAUGUAGUUUGCACUAUGGAAUAGGCCACAGAAGUGCAAACACUAAAUUAAGGCAAGUACACCUAAAAAAAAGUAUUUAAAAAAAAAAAAAAAAACAUUUUUGAAAGCAUUGGAUUGAUGUACUUGACCCAGGUCUGCAGUUGACCUUUAAGGACUUUCAUGGUAGGAUUACUACAAUGCAUUAUAGACCACUACAGACCACUACAGACCACCACAGACCACUACAGACCACCACAGACACUACAGACCACUACAGACCACUACAAUGCAUUAUAGACCACUACAGACCACUACAGACCACUACAGACCACUACAAUGCAUUAUAGGCCACUACAGACCACUACAGACCACUACAGACCACUACAGACCACUACAAUGCAUUAUAGGCCACUACAGACCACUACAGACCACUACAGACCACUACAGACACUACAGACUACUGAGCUCUUCUACUUCCUGUCCAGACAGGCAGAACAUUUAUAAUGAUAAAACUGUUCAUUUUUUUGUUAUUGCCAUUUUUUUUUUUACAGUAUUCCUAAUUUCAUGUUGUUUGUUUUAUUUGUGUAGAUUUUUAUUGAAUUAUGAAUUAUGAAAAAUUAUGAAAAACUGUUUUAUUUGCACUGGGUCACAAAUAUAUGUAUAGGAAGACCACCCUGUUCCAAAUCUUUCUAAUGAAAUAUAUAUUUUACAAAUGAAAGACUAGGAUUGUUGUUUUCAAUACAAUGUGAAGUUAUGAGGUCUGCAAUGUUAGGAGACGAAGAGCUUGUUUUCAACAAGGCUUUACACUUUGUCUAUUUACAUCAAAACAUUUGUUCAUAUUUUAAUUUCCAUCACCACACAUAAAAAAAAGGGGAAUCUGGGAUUAGGAUAUCCAUUUUAGGACAUUUACAUGAAUGAUAUAUGGCCUUUGACCUCUUUCUUGUUGUUUGCAUCCCCAGAAUGCCUCUUUAAAGGACCACGUUGAGCCGGUAAAAACUACUUUUGGUUUAAAAAAAGUCAGGAAAUAAACAAACAACACAGUUGAUCUGCACUUAAAUCAAAAUAAAAGCCUUAUUUCAUGCAGUAUUUCAGUGUAAUUACAACAUUGCUUUGACACAUAGACAUUUUUUUUCUUCCAAUGUUAUACUUCGGUUGUUGUUUCAUUAAUUGAAGAGGGCUUUUUUUGUAAAUGAAUAUAUUGCGUUUUAAAUAUUUUUUAAAAAUAAAGUUAUUUCUAAGGA